GUCAUAUCGGACGAGUUUAGUAGGUAUAAAGCGGCGGUGUUUGUACAUUCAAAGUUUCCCGUAAAAUAUACUGGUGAUGGUCGGAUGUCAUCUUUUAUAUAAUAUAGAGGUAACCAGAAGCCCUGGAAACCAAUUAGCUUCUUGAUGAAACUUCAACUUUCAUUUGGAAAACGAUAAGAAAAUGCCAAGAAUAGUGGUACUAGGAGCGGGUGUCUCGGGCCUAACUGCUGCCCUUCUCCUUUCACGGAACAAGGACAAUGACAUCACAAUAAUUGCAAAGCAUAUGCCCGGCGACUAUGAUAUCGAAUAUGCCUCACCAUGGGCAGGAGCCAAUGUCUUGCCAAUGAACACCGUGGAAGACAGCCGCUGGGAGCGGCGAACAUUCCCAGAGCUGAAACGGCUGGCGGAAGAGGUCCCCGAGGCCGGGAUACACCUACUGAAGGUACGCUUGUUCCGUCGUACACCUGCCUCGGAAGACGACGCAACCAAGACCGCUCUGGACCCCAUCUUCGCCAAGGAUCCAUGGUACAGCGAAAUGUUUGACGACUUCCGAACCCUGGGCAAGGACGAGCUGCCCGACGGCGUGGCGUCCUGCAACGAGUUCGGGUCCGUCUGCAUCAACACUAUGCUGUACUUACCCUGGCUCAUAGGCCAGUGCCGAGCCAACGGCGUCGUCUUCCACCGCGCAAACCUCACACACAUCUCCGAGGCCGCGGCUCGUCACCACAGCGGCGCCAAGGCAGACCUGGUCGUCAAUGCGACGGGCGUCAUGGCGUGCAAGCUAGGUGGCGUCAUGGACGCGGCGGUGCAGCCAGCCAGGGGCCAGGUCGUCGUCGUCCGCAACGAGCUCCCGAUCAUGCUGGGCGCGACGCUGGCCGCCGAAGAUGAGGCAGAGUACCCGGAUGAGAUGGUUUACUGCAUGACGCGGGCGGCGGGAGGAGGAACCGUCAUUGGCGGGUGCUAUCAAAAGGGAAAUUGGGAUCCUAACCCGGAUCCGAACCUGGCUGUACGGAUCAUGUCCCGCAUGGUUGAACUUUGGCCCGAGAUUGCGGACGGAAAGGGUGUUGCGGGGUUGGAUGUCAUUCGUCACGGAGUUGGGCUCAGGCCGUACAGGGACGGAGGCGUGAGGAUAGAGAAGGAGAGGCUGAAUGAUGGGACGUGGGUUGUGCACAAUUACGGACAUGCAGGUUGGGGCUACCAGGGGUCUUAUGGCUGCGCCGAGCGUGUGGUUGAAUUGGUCGAUGAGGCUUUUAAGAGGAAAUCAAAGUUGUAGUCAGUUUGUCUUUUGAAGAAGCAAUCCGGGUUGUGUUUGUGUGUGUGUGUUUUUUUUUUCUUUCUA